ACCACGCGUCCCCUUUUCCUGCUUCCUCUCCAAACUAACAGCCCAUUUUCCAGUCUACCAACAACUCGACUUCCAACAUCUCGACCCCAUCACAGAAAUACCAUAACAUCGACCUCAACGAAAACCAACAACAACAAUGUCGCCCCCUCCACACGGCCCCCGCCAUCGCAGCUAUCACAGCUACAACCACAACCCCGACCCAUCCAACUCCAAUUGUUCCGCCCCUCCGACUCCCCCCGGCAGCAUCCCCUCUCCUUCCAUGUCCUUCCCCGGCUCGGGCUCGGCCCCCAACAGCAGCACCAACCCUUCCAACUCAAAUACCAGCCUCAACAACAUGACCCACCACCCCAACCUCCCCUCAACCCACUCCCACUCCCAACCAACAACAACAACAAGUGGAACAGACCGCACAGCAACCGCCCACGCAGCCACCACGCUCCUCACCACCUUAUUUCCCCCCUACUCGCAAACCAACCAACUAAUCGCCUCUUUAUCCGCGGAGCUCGACGCCCUCAAAGCGCGCCAACGAAUCUGGAAACGGCUCGCGCACGCCGCUGUCCUGUUCAGUUCCGACCACGAGUUGCGGUAUUCGCUACUGGACAAAUGCAAUGAUUUGGCCGAGUGCAUGAAGAUGUACCCUCGCUUACGAGAGGAAGUGGCCAAGAUGAAUGAGGUGGAGCUGCAAUUGUUUAGUAUCUCGAGUACUGCGAAGCAGUUGGUUGGGGAUGUGGAGUGGGUUAGGGCGGAGGAUGUGAGGGGUUUCGUGGAGGGGGUUAGGAGGGGGCAGUUAUUACACAUGGGUUGUACCCAAAGAGGAGGAGGGGAUGAAAGGGGGAUUGGGAUGGAUAAAGGGGGAGGGAAUGGGAUACAGAAUGGGAGGGGGAUACAAAAUGGGGAGGGGGAGGGGAUAGAAGGAAGAGGCACAGGGAGGACUGGGACGGUGCAGGUUAAACUGGAUAAGGGACGGGGGGAUGUAGGGAGGAGGUUGAAUUAUUUGAUGGUUACUUCUGCUUCUGCUUCUGCUUCUGCUGGUCAGAGUCAGAGUCAGAGUCAGAGUCAGAAUCAGGGAAUGCAAGCUGGAGGAGGAGGGCAAGGCGAGGUAGUGAUGGGAGAAGCACAAGGCCAUCACAAUGGACGAUCAAGAAGGAGUUCAACAACAACUGCGAGAAUGACAAGAGGACAACAACCACAACCACAUCCGCAAAGUCAAAUACAAAGCUAUAUCGCCGCUCAAGCAGUUGCGGCAGCAGCAGCAGCAUCAGAAUCAGCAGGAGGACAGCCACAACAACAACAACAACAAGAGGAACCAACAUGGAGUUCAACAACCCUCAGUGCGGAAUCAAGUGCCGGGCGAGCAAGCCCAGGACCAAGUGAGGCUGAUAGUUCAACGGGUCCAGGUCCAUAUGGACCCAACCGAGCGAGAUGGUGGGACACAGUCAUCAUGGACUCGGACACGGAUCAACGAAGGAGGUCAGAAAGCAGUAGAGGUAGGAAUCUACGAGGACGUGAUGCUGGGUCGGAUUGCGAGAUGGAGAUGUAG